AUGAAGAGAUUCGUGUGUCGGUCUCAUCAGAAGACCAACAAACUUUUGGCUCGGCCAGGACGUUCAGAUUGUCAUAGUCUACGCGGCAUACUCUCUUGUUCCGGAUUAAAAUGGGAUGAACCUUCUUCCAUCAUCGGCGCAGCUGGAAAGGAUUCUUCCAAAAGCGUCGAGCUUGCACUAAAGCGCGAAAACUAUCUGGUUUUACCUUACAUGCCAUAG